AUAAACCUCAAAUGUUGUUGAUUGGCUUCUAUUAAAAGUGAAAGUAAGAAGGUAAGAAGAAAAAGCCAUUUCAGCUCGAUCUCAACGAGCUUCCAUACUUCUCUCUAAUCUUAGACUAACUCAUUUCUCUCUAUAGUAUCUCCCUCCCUUUAUCUCUCGACAACUUCAAAAUCCAAUCAAUUUAUGCAAAAAUCCAAAAUCAAACCCUGAUUAAUGCAUUGUUAGGGUUUCCGUGCCGACAUCCCAUUCCUUGAUCUGUAGAAAAACCUGAUUCCGGCGCCAUUGAAGUUGAAGCUUCAAGUAUAGUAUAAAGUUCAUGGCUGCUACUACUGCGAUUACUAAGGAGCCACAACAAGGCGGAGGUGGACCUUCUUCUUCGUCUUCUAAUAUGGCUGAAGAUGAAUCUUUGAAACGGAAUACUGAUUGUGUUUAUUUUCUCGCUUCUCCCUUGACUUGCAAAAAGGGAAAUGAAUGUGAGUAUCGGCAUAGUGAAUAUGCUCGGAUUAACCCAAGAGAUUGUUGGUAUUGGUUGAAUGGAAAUUGUUUGAAUCCUAAAUGCUCAUUUAGGCAUCCUCCUUUGGAUGGUUUGGUGUCUCCUAAAGCUGGUAACUUUUCUGGGCCUUCUGUUAUUGUACCACCUAUCCCACCUGUUCCUGCUACGCCUCAGAAUUCGUCUAAACAAGGAGUACCCUGCAUUUUCUUUCAGAAGGGCUAUUGCUUAAAAGCAGACAGAUGCCCUUUCAUGCACGGCCCAAACCAUCCUAGUACUAAGACUCAACAGGUCCCAGCCAGCAACAUUGCUCCUGAAGCCCCGGUUUUCAAGAAAACGUUUGGUACAAAUGAAAAGCGCACACAACAAAAAACAAAUCUCCAAGUAACUACAACUAAGGUCGUGGAAGCUCCACCGCCGAAAACGACAAUUCUGAAAGGUCAGUCUUCACGGACGGUGAAUGGAGAGUCUGCUGGAAGAGCUUAUAUCCCUCCUGGUGGUGUGAUUGAAGAGUUCCCUAAGUAUGAAAAACUUAAACCUUUUUCUGUUAACAAUGGGAUUUUGAGAGGUAGGAAUGGGCGUGCACAUGAUGGUGGCUUGUAUGAUGACCAAAAAUUUCAAAAUGGUAGAGAGGCUGAUGAUUCGUUGAGGGAUUCUUCUCCUGGAUUUGAUGUACUUGUGGAUGACAAGCUCAACGAAGAUGAAUAUUAUCCUGAUGAUCAAUAUGUGAGGAUGAAAGGUCGUGAUGGAAGAAAUCUGAAAGAGUUUGACAUGGGUCAUCAGGAUGAUUAUAAUUCUAUUGGUGACUUUGACCCUGAAUUUAAUCACAGUAGACGUCUCUAUGAUUCAUUUGAUCAUUUGUCGGAGAAUUAUGCUUUGGAUCAUCACAGACCGUCAUCAGAGAGAUCACUUGGUGAACCAGCUGACUAUGACAGGAGAGGCUCAUACAAGUCACAGAGUCCUGAUUUCAAUCAAAAUUCUGAUUUGCGUAAUCGCUUAUCAAAGCAACAUAGAGUAAAUGGGUUGAAAUCUGUUGUUAAUUCUGAUUAUAGUAUUGAUGAAUAUGCUGAGAACCAAGGCUACAGGAGUACUCAGAGGAACUCACGUCGGUCACCUAUACAUGAGGCUUCUCGUAGCCACCGUCUUCAAGACAGAAUAAAGAUUCCAAGAAGAUCUUCUCCAGUGAGAGGUAAUAUGUAUUCAGAGAGGGAAAAUGAAAGGGGGAGGAGCUGGGGAAGAUCAUCUCCAAGCAGACCGCAAGUCUAUGGUCAACAAGGUCAUCUUCGAGAUCGAUUGCGUGGACGAAUCAAAGAUGAAAGCCGUGAGGGUAGAAAAAUAAAUGGUCCACCUGUGAGAAAGGAUACUGUUGCAGCUGUUGGUACUGAUUUUCCCUCUCCAAAACGGUUGUUGGAGCUAAAAGGCACCAAACAAUCAGGUUAUGGCGGUAAGAUUAGAGAUACUGUCUUAGCUAGCUCCAAUGCUACUGAUAAUGAUCUCUCAUUUGAAGGCCCCAAGCCACUAAGCGAGAUUUUAAAGCGAAAAAGGAAAGCUCCUACCAGUACAAAUUCAGCUAAUAAAGAAGAGAUCAAGCAGAGUGAAAAUGAUGUAAACAUAACAAGCAGUGCUUCAAAUUCUGAUGCAAACACAGUAAAACAGACCACUCUUUCCUCUGCAUCUGACAAAAAUAAGGCAGGUGAAAUUGACAAUAAGCCUCUGGCAGUCGAGGCAGUCGAAGAAGAGGGUGUAAUUUCAAAUAAAAAAAUAAAAUUGAAUGGUGAUAGUGAGGCUGAAUCAUCUUCACCUAAAACGGAUGGUAAUCACCCGAAAGUUGAAGAAGAAUUAAUUGUGGCCGAUAAUGCAGAUCAAGAAUACGACGAAGAGUAUGAACAAGAUGACGGGACAUAUGAAUAUGAGCAAUUUGACGGAGAAGGUGAAACCGGCUAUAAUGAGGUAGACUCCAUGGACGAGGAGGACGGGGAUCAUUUUGCGAAACAGCUAGGUGUUUCCUUCUGAAUAGCUACCUAGAAUUUCGGCCUUGAUUGUUGACACUACUUCUAGUUAAGGUUGAUUCAGAUCGUAUCUAUUUCUUCCCUUGUAUUUUAUUCUAACUGUAUUAUACUACUCCCAAAAUGCAAUUUUUUUCAGUUGUAUUGAGGCCUGAAAUAGUUCUACCCUUUUUCUGUAGAUCACAUUACUGUAAUCUGUUACACUAGUGUUAUGAGGGAAAUUUGAGCAGCUUAAUCUCUUGUAAUAGUAGCUGGAUUCCGAUAAUAAUACACGUUUUGUGCC